AUGACGCUCGGAGUCAACCCCUUCUCGAAGAAUGACAAGCACGACCUUCCCGGAGUGAUCGUGCCUCUGUCCAGUGCCCCCGCGCAUUCGAAAACGAGCUCCGAUCCGGAAAAGAAAGUAGGCCCUGAAGACACUGACGCUGGAAGCCUCGACAGGUCGUCCUCUGCAGAGAACGGCGUGGGCUCUAUUCACAGCCACCGGCAAAACCAGGAUGACCAUCUUACUUUAGAGAUUCUGCGUGCUGAGGUGGAGAAUGAUUUGGUUGCCUCUGGCCAGGACUCUGCCUAUGAUCGCAAAGCAAAAGUAAUCAACAGGGCCAUCCAAGAUAUUGGUAUGGGCCGCUACCAGUGGGAGUUGUUUUGUCUCUGUGGUUUCGGUUGGCUCGCGGACAAUCUUUGGCUACAGGGUGUUGCGCUGACGCUGCCACAAUUGUCCUUGGAAUUUGGCGUGGACGAUACUCGAGUCCGGUUCACGACCUGUGCUUUGUUCCUGGGUCUCUGCCUGGGCGCAUGCUUUUGGGGUAUUGCUUCGGAUGUCAUCGGCCGUCGUCCAGCAUUCAACUUCACCCUCAUGAUAACCGGCGCAUUCGGUCUUGCCGCUGGUGGUGGACCGAACUGGGUUGGUACUUGUGCGCUGUACGCCUGCUUGGGUCUUGGAGUUGGUGGAAAUUUGCCCGUUGAUGGUGCUCUUUUUCUCGAAUUCUUGCCCUUCGCCUCUGGAAAUCUUCUGACCAUGCUGAGUGUGUGGUGGCCAGUGGGUAACCUCAUCUCUAGUCUUCUGGCCUGGGCUUUCAUUCCGAACUACACCUGUUCCGGAGACGGACCCUGCAGGAAGGAGGACAACAUGGGCUGGAGGUAUCUAGUUUUGACACUGGGCGCUAUUACCUUUGUCAUGUUCCUGUGCCGCUUCUUCCUCUUCCAUCUAUACGAGUCGCCCAAGUUCCUGCUUUCACGCGGGCGCCAGGAGGAUGCCGUUGCUGCAGUCCAAGGUAUCGCCUACAAGAACCGCACUACAACUUGGCUCACCGUUGAUAUCCUCAAUGAGAUUGGCGGCCACCCAGAAGAGCAAACUCAGGAGAAACUCAGUAACAAGGAGAUUAUCCAGAGACACAUGUCUAAGUUCUCUCUAGAACGCAUCAGGGGUCUCUUUGCUACCAAGAAGCUCGGAGUUACCACCAUAAUCCUCUGGUUCUGCUGGGCCACUAUCGGAAUGGGCUACCCUCUCUUCAACGCCUUUCUCCCGCAAUACUUACAAAGAGCCGGCGGUGGAGAAAGCCAGUCUACUGACAUCGUCUACCGCAACUACGCCAUCACCUCCAUCGUCGGUCUCCCUGGGUCCGUACUUGCCUGCUUCACCGUUGACAUCAAGUACAUCGGCCGCAAAGGCACAAUGAUUGCUGGCACUCUGGUUACUGGUGUUCUCCUAUUCUGCUUCACCGCGUCCACAGAUCCCGACAUCCAGCUCCUCUGCUCCUCUCUCGAGGCGUUCUUCCAGAACAUCAUGUAUGGUGUCCUUUACGCCUACACGCCCGAGGUGUUCCCCGCUCCGAACCGCGGUACCGGCAGUGGAAUCUCCAGCUGUCUGAACCGAAUUGCUGGGCUGUGUGCUCCGCUCGUGGCGAUUUACGGCGCAGGCUCGAACCCAGACGCACCGAUAUAUGCCUCUGGUGCGCUGAUCCUUGCUGCGUUUGUGGCUAUGAUCUUCCUUCCCAUUGAAACAAGGGGCAGGCAGACGCUGUGA